AUGAAGGUUGUUCUUGUGAGCGGCGGAGUCAUUUCCGGUGUCGGCAAAGGCAUUAUCGCCAGUAGUGCUGGUCUUCUUCUCAAGACUCUCGGUCUUCGCGUUACAGCGAUCAAAACCGACCCCUACAUCAACACCGAUGCUGGUCUUCUGAACCCUCUCGAGCACGGCGAGUGCUUCGUUCUCGACGAUGGAGGCGAGACCGAUCUCGAUCUCGGAAACUACGAGCGAUACCUCGGCAUCCAAUUGAGCCGUGACAGCAACAUCACUACCGGCAAGAUCUACAAGCAGGUCAUUGAGAAAGAGCGACGGGGAGAUUAUCUGGGAAAGACUGUUCAGGUCGUUCCUCACAUCACAGACGCCAUUCAGGAUUGGAUUGAGCGUGUCGCCAGGAUCCCCGUGGACGCUUCAGGAGAGGCGCCUGACGUUUGCAUCAUUGAGCUGGGUGGCACAAUUGGUGAUCUCGAGUCCGGUCCUUUCGUCGAGGCCCUUUCUCAACUUCGACACCGACUUGGCCGCGACAACUUCCUGAGCAUCAGCGUUUCUUACGUCCCUAUCAUCAAUGGAGAGGAGAAGACAAAGCCUACCCAGCAUGCCAUCCGACAAGUGCGCAGUGCCGGCCUGAUCCCCGAUGUCAUUGCCUGCCGUUGCGAGCGAGAGCUGGAUCAAGCCACCAUCACAAAGAUUGCCCGAAGCUGCCAAGUUGAGGACGAGCAGGUCAUUGGCGUGCGAAACAUGGACACCAUCUACCAGGUUCCCCUCCUACUCGAACAGGAGGGUCUGCUCAAGCUCCUGCAAAAGGGCCUGGCCCUCGACAAGUGCCAGGUCACUCCCCCUAUGGCUCAAAAGGGUCAGGCUCUCUGGGACCUCUGGAAGAAGACCGUCGUCCCCGACCGACACCUCGAACCCGUCAACAUCAUUUUGGUUGGCAAGUACGUCAGUCUCGACGAUUCAUACCUCAGUGUCCACAAGGCUCUCGAGCACUCGGCUAUGCGAUGCAACCGAAAGUUGAACCUCGUUUCCGUCGACUCCGAACACCUUGAGCCCGAGAUGCAGGAGAAGGAUCCUCGCAAGUUCCACGAGGCUUGGGCACAUGUUGUUCGCGCACAGGGUAUCAUUGUUCCUGGUGGCUUUGGUACCAGAGGUAUUCAGGGUAUGGUUGAUGUCGCCAAAUGGGCUCGUGAGCGCAAGCUGCCUUAUCUCGGUAUUUGCUUGGGUAUGCAAACUGCUGUCAUUGAGUACGCCCGCAACGUUAUGGGUCUUCAGAACGCUACUUCUGAAGAGUUUUCUGCCACAGCUGAGCACCGUGUGGUUAUCUUCAUGCCUGAGGGUUCCAAGGAGCAAAUGGGUGGUACCAUGAGACUUGGCAGCCGUACAUCUCACUUCAAGCCCGGCACCGAGUGGAGCAAGCUCCGAGGCUUGUACGGAGGAGUCGAUGUUGUGGAGGAGCGUCACCGACAUCGUUAUGAGGUCAACCCCGAAUACAUUGAGGAUCUCGAGAAGGCUGGCCUCUCUCUGACUUCUAUGGAUGACCAAGGUGUCCGAGUUGAGACCAUUGAGCUGAAGGACCACCCCUUCUUCGUCGGUCUUCAGGCUCACCCCGAGUACAAGUCCAAGACUUUGGCGCCCGCUCCUUCGCUGCUUGGUCUCGUCGCCGCCAGUGCUGGAUGUCUCGAUGAGAUUAUCGAGGCCGCCCACAAGAAGCAGAGCUCCUCCAACGGAGUCAGCGAUGUCACCAACUUUUAG